GGCCGCCCGCGGCCCCUCCCUCGCCCUCCGCGCGCAGCCUUUCAUUGCUGCGAGUAGUGACUAAACAUUACAAGAAGGCCGGCCGCGCAGUUCCAGGAAUCGGGGGGCGGGGCGCGGCGGCCUCGUAUAUACCCGCGAGCGCGGCCUCCGCGGCGGCUCCGACUCGGACUCCCCGCGCCGCCGCCGUCGCCACCGCCGCGACUCCGGCCCCGGACGCCGCCCGCCGGGCCCAGCUCCCGCCGCAGCCCCUCGCCUCGCCCCCGCCCGGCCGGCCCAGGGGCGCGCAGGGGGCAGGGCGGGUGCCCCGGCGAAGCCCGAGGGACGCGCGCGCGAGGGCCCCUUUGUGGACUUCACGGCCGCCAACAUCUGGGCUCAGCGGGGGCCACCGCUGGCCGCCGCGCCCCCGUCUCGCCUUGGGGACCUUAGGAGGCGCAGCCACAGGGCCGAAGACUUCAGUUUGGGACCAGCCCCCCGGGAUGCGGUAGCGGCCGCUGUGCGGAGGCCGCCGAGCAGCUGCAGCCGCCGCCGCGCAGAUCCACGCUGGCUCCGUGCGCCAUGGUCACCCACAGCAAGUUUCCCGCCGCCGGGAUGAGCCGCCCCCUGGACACCAGCCUGCGCCUCAAGACCUUCAGCUCCAAGAGCGAGUACCAGCUGGUGGUGAACGCAGUGCGCAAGCUGCAGGAGAGCGGCUUCUACUGGAGCGCCGUGACGGGCGGCGAGGCGAACUUGCUGCUCAGCGCCGAGCCCGCCGGCACCUUCCUCAUCCGCGACAGCUCUGACCAGCGCCACUUCUUCACGCUCAGCGUCAAGACCCAGUCGGGGACCAAGAACCUGCGCAUCCAGUGCGAAGGGGGCAGCUUCUCGCUGCAGAGCGAUCCCCGGAGCACGCAGCCGGUGCCACGCUUCGACUGCGUGCUCAAGCUGGUGCAUCACUACAUGCCGCCCCCGGGCGCCCCCUCCUUCCCCUCUCCGCCGACUGAACCCUCCUCCUCGCCCUCCUCCGAGGUACCGGAGCAGCCGCCAGCCCAGCCGCUCCCGGGGAACCCCCCCAGGAGAGCCUAUUACAUCUACUCGGGGGGCGAGAAGAUCCCUCUGGUGUUGAGCCGGCCCCUCUCCUCCAACGUGGCCACUCUCCAACAUCUCUGUCGGAAGACGGUCAACGGCCACCUGGACUCCUAUGAGAAAGUCACCCAGCUGCCUGGACCCAUUCGGGAGUUCCUGGACCAGUACGAUGCCCCGCUUUAAAGAGAGCAAAGGGCAGGGGUCAGGCGAGGGGCCUGGGUCCCCUCCUGCGUGGCACAUGGCACAAGCACAAGCACCCAGCCGUGAGGGUCCUGCAGCUCUGGGUGAACCAGCGGGUGGACAGGCCCCUCCCUCCCACCCUUCCCCCUGCAGAAUGGGGCAAGCGGGACCUGGAAUGUGUUUGAGGGAAGGGAGAGUGCCACCUGAACGCCCCUCCCCCCUCCAGCUUCUCCGGAGGGAGGAGCCAGCUGGCCUGGUGGGACAGCAGCAAGGACAGCAGUGGAUUCUCCUCUCUUCGCUUCCUCCCCCCCCUGCACUUCCAAACAGGGGACACUGCGGAGGGUUGAACUAUGAGAACUGCCGGGGAAUCUUCAAACUUUCCAGCGGAACUUGUUUGCUCUUUUGAUUUGGUUUAAAACGAAGCUUUAAACCUGAGCAGGUGUCGGGCCUGGGAAAAGGUGACGAGUGAGGGCGCCUUAGGGGCGUCAGGGCUGCAGGCUGGCCAAGGAAAUGGCCACUCCCACCGCCCAGCCCAGGUGAGGAGGGUGGCUGCUUGCUCCUCCCCUGGCUCUGGGGAGAAGGGCAAGGGGUGACCUGAAGGGGACCAUUCUGCUCCCCCUCCUACUCCCCCUUGAGACAGCCACUGGAAACACAGGUCCUAGAGUUCAUCUAGUGCCUGAGAGCCCAGGGCCCUUCCCCCGUUUUAAGGGGGAAGUGGCAUUUGGAGGGGGAUGGACGAGCUGGUCAAUUGUUCUUUCCCCACCCAUUCUAUACCUUCCAGCACCUGCAGGGUAGGGAGAGGGUGGAGGAGAUAGCCAUCGUCGACCCCAGACAGAGAAGAUGGGGGAUUCUACUUUGUGCCUCUUGACUAUGUCUGGCUAGGAGAUUUCGCCUUAAAUGUUCCCUGUCCCAUGGAUAGGGACUGGCACACAGAAGCCACACACUCAGCCAAUCCAGACAGAGGCCAAGGGAUUCUCGGAGGGCAUGCAGCGGGCCACUCAACCAUGGCAGUGGGCAGGGGGUGGAGAUAGAUGGGGGGCAGAGAUCCACGCCUCCCAGCUGAGUGCUGGUAGAAUGCUAGCCUAGUUGGUAUUGGCCAGUCACAGGGGCCUCAUGGUGCCUGGGCUCUGGCCAGAGCAGAACCACCAGGUCCCACAGCCCCCCAGGCCUUGCACAGCCCUCCCUCCUCACCUGGGGUGGGGGGCACAGGCAGGAAGUCAUCGAGAGGCCAGGGCCCCUGCCACCCCAGCUGCUCCCGCUCUGAUAGCACUGAUCAGUGAAAACUUACAGGAAUGUAGCAGCGACAGAAUUACCUGGAACUGUUCUUUUUUGGGGAAAACUAAACAAACACAAAGUUUUCUGUGUCAGGUAUUGGGCUGGAUGGGGCAGCUGUGUGGUGGGGUGUUUUUUUUCUGUUAUUUUGUGGGGUUUUUUGUUUGUUUUUUAAUAAUGUUUACAAUCUGCCUCAAUUACUCUGUCUUUUAUAAAGAUCCCACCUCCAGUCCUCUCCCCUCCCCCCACCCAGGCCUUCGAGGCUGUUAGGAGAUGCUUGAAGAACUCAACAAAAUACCAGUUCAAGUCAAACUUUGCACAUAUUUAUAUUUAUAUUCAAAAAAGAAACAUUUCAGUAAUUUAUAAUAAAGAGCACUAUUUUUUAAUGAAAAA